GUGGUAGUGGUGGUGGUGGUAGUGGUGGUUCAGUCUCAGUAGUGCCACACCCGCCAGACACACACACACCUUGCACUCAUCGGCUCCUCUCUUUCACUCACACGGAAUCUAUUACUGAAACUGUUAUACUUUGUUUGCCUUCGCUGUCCUUUCUCUUUGUGUCAUCAUAUUCCUCGUCUUCCACUUGUUCUCUCUUACGUACUCUCACUCUGUUACUAAAACUGUUCUAUUUUUCUCCUAUUUUUACUGAUUCCUCUCUUUCUCUCUCUCUCUCUCUCUCACUCUUUUCUUCACUCAGUUUUGACACUUUUCAUAUCCCUUGUCUCUCUCUCUUUAUCUCUGUUUCAUUCACUCAUAUUCACUUUCUCAUCCAGUCACUUAAAACUUACUCAUUUCCCUUCUACUGAUUUCCUCUCACUCACUUUUACCAUUCUUCACUUUCUUCAUAUCAAUUUGACUCAUUCUCGUCAUAUUCUGUCAGUUUUUCAUUCACCCACAUUCACUCAUCAUUAGUUACUCAGAUUCUUCAUCUUUUUUUAUCUCAUUUUUUAAUUCUAUCAUUUUGCCUCUCUCUAUCUCUCUUUGUACCUGCUAUCUCACACAAGGCAUGCAAUCUACAAACUAAAACUAUUUCUCCCUCUCUCUCUUUCUCUAAUAAUUGAGUGCAAGGUAAUACUUAUAAAUGUGUGCAGUGUUUCAUCAUCACGCGUGUAUAUCAGUGCUGCUUCGUGUGUAGUUAGGAGUGUUACACAAACCAAACACUGCGAGCGAGGACGAAGGAAAACGAGAGUAAAUAAUAUCACACUGGCAAGGAAGAUAAAAAUAAACCAAACAUGACAAGUGCUAAAGAAAGAUACAUAAGAUAACAGUGGAAGAAGAAAGAUAAACAUAUACCACAAAAAAAGGGGGAUAAAUAAGGAAAUAAUAAAAAAAGGAAAAAAAAAACAUUGGUAAUUAAGAGACACCAGAAAAUAAGAGUGAAAAGGAAAAUACAAACACACUGAUAAUGGAAAGGAGUGGUAAAGAAAGUGACAGUGAACAAUAGUGGAAGAAAAAGAAGAUAAAGUGGAAACCGAAAAAAAAGUGGAAAAAAGAAAACGAAAGUGAUAUUAAUAAAAAAAGGAAAGAAUAUCAUUAUUAUUACUAGCAAUUCUUGAAGACUACUACUACUACUACUACUACUACUACUACUACUACUACUACUACUACUACUACUACUACUAAGACCACCACCACGAGGCUAAAAUGACGACCAUGACAAGAGGAGGAAAGUGGAGGAGUGGAGGGAAUCACCACCACUCCUCCUCCUCCUCCUCCUCCUCCUCUUCUUCCUUCAGCCUCCUCUCCAUCUACCUCAUCCAGCUCCUCUUCCUCCUCUUCCUUCCCGUCAAUGGUGUCGGUGAGGCGGCAGCACACACGUCCCCCGGGUCAGCGGUGAGCAGCAGUAGCAGCAGCAGCAGCGGGGGCGGCGUGCCCGGCGUGGAGGUGUACCGUGUGGUGGUGCCCGGCAUGAGCAUCUUCGUGAUCGGGCGCAGCGUGCUGGACGACGCCGUGGGCAGGUCUGUGGUGGUGCCCCCCGCCAUCGGCAGCAGCGUCAUUGCCGGCAUAGCGCGCCCUGUGCUGGGUGCCGCCAAUGAUGACACGCUCCCCACCACUACCCCUGCCCCUGCCCCAGCCACCACCACCACCACCGCCGCCCCCACCACCACGACCACUACCACCACAACUACUACUACUACUACUACCACCACCACCACCACAACCACCACGCCGCUUCCUCCCAAAGCCCCGGCCAACAAGGACAACACCACCAAUACAAACUCAGCCGGGGCGCGUCGCUCCCCAAACAAGCGUGUUUUAGCCAGACUGAUGAAGCAGCAGUUUGACAUCUUCAAGGACAGCCUGGUGGCGCCCACCGAGACCCCAACACCUACACGCAAGAAGGCCAACCCAGCCCAGCCCUCUGCCAAGAAUGGCGGGAGGGGCCGCAGCCUGCAAGUCGGGGAGUUAACCAGCAAGGCUGAGCGGGGGCUGGGCCUGGCGAGGAUCCCAGCGGCGUGCACUCUGGGCUACUGAAGCCUGACGCACACCCCAUCCCCGUCACCUUCACCUCCCUGCCAGGCUUUCCCUCACGCCUGCCCCCCGCCCCGCCGCCCCGCACCGCCACGGCCCCGGGGCCCAGCGACGCAGGGACGCCCUUAAGAGUGGAGCAACGGUUCAGCAGCGCAGCACGACCGGCAUCGGGGCGCCUCACACCGUCCAGGAGCUCGCAAGUGGGUGAUUUGAUGCGCCUGUUGCAGACCAGGCUGAUCGGCGGCCUGCGCACCGCCAUGCCCGGGGUGUCGCCUCCCCCUGGCCAGCCCCCGCACCAGCACUUUGACCCCUCCAUUGUGGUGAACUUCCUCACCCUGGUGGCACUCUCCCAGCAGAGAAGUGGCGGGAUUCGAUCGUCAGUUCAGCGCAACGCCUCGCCGGCAGGAGGCCCCACCAUCACCCUGCCCACCCUCGCUGAGGGCAACCCAGAGAGCGAGUUUGGCCCCUACAGCACCGGCAAUGAUCCGUCAGCCGGCGUGGACCCCUCUACCAUAGUGCUGCCCCCCAUGCUGCGCCAGUCCCUCUACUCCUACCUGCUGCCCCGCCUGGCCUCCCUCAGCGCCCUGGUGGAGACCGUGCCUGGCGUGCCCGGUCUGGACUACCCCAUCAUUGCCGCCGUGCCCUAUACCAACUUCUACUGCUCCGAGAUGCCCUGGCCUGGCUUCUACGCCGACACUGAGGCCAGAUGUCAGGCGUGGCACUACUGCGAUCUGGACGGGCGGCAGGCGUCGUUCCUCUGUCCAAACGGCACCAUGUUCAACCAGGCGUUCUUCGUGUGCGACUGGUGGUACAACGUGGACUGCCAAUCGGCGCCCUACCUCUACUCCCUCAACGAGCGUGUCUUCGCCCUGCCCGAGGUGGACGAGACGGCCCCACACCGCACCCUCACCGCAGAGAUCCUGGACACCAUCUUUUUGUGAUGACCCACCAGACAGCCACCAAGCCACGCCCCUUCAUGCGUGAUGAGCCUCGGCGACGUGGCGCGAGGGCAGCACCUAAGCCGCAUCCCGCCAGCCGUCAUCGUCAUCAGCAACCCCCGGGGAGCGCGGCCUCAUCCCCGCCCAGCCCUUCUGGCCACCCCAAGCCCCCACCACCAUCACCACCACUGCUGCAUCCAUCCCCACUUCAACCCCACCAUCACAACACGCGAGGGCACACCUCAAUGAGGUGCAGACUGGGGUGGUGGUGCAGGAUCACGGCUACCGCAAAGCCCCGCCGGGCGCCAUUACACCCCUGCCUCGUCUGGGUGCUCGCCGGCCCUCUUCCGGCUGGCGGCUGAGGACCAGGCGCUCACCAGCCAGCCAGCUGGUGCCACUGUCGAGCCGGCCCCGGUGACUCGCACCCCAGACACCACCAACCCGGCAUCCAUACCCCUGAAGGAAGAACAUACGCCUUUCUUUCUUCCAAGCCUGCAAGACCCACAUCUGACCCCGCAGCUUCCAACAUUCCCAGGUACACAGUUUCCCGUGCAGCCCCACACAGCCGCAGGACUCCAGCCUGAGUCCCUCCUGCAAAGCCUGCCGCCUGGCCAGCCACACUCACGAGUGGAGGACGUGCGGCCCGCCUCGCUAGUGAAGGGCGGCGUCAUCACUCCGACACAGGCAGACCGAGUUGCACCAGCGGCAAGGCCAUUUUACAGACGGGGCCGCGCUCACCCACCGCACCCAGACACCGCCAGGGGGUGCAGCCCCCACUGGACCAGCCACCCACCGCCCCGCCCGCCUCAUUCCCGGGGGUCAAACCCGGGCACCCACUGACCUUCCGCCAACCCUCCACACCUGCUGGGUGCCACUCAGCCGCCAACCAGGCCGCUUGGCAGACCCCUCCCCACCCAAAGACCGAUCCCCAGACCACGCCCCACUGCCGCCACCCACACGCCUCCCGCCGAGAACACAGCCACCACAAACCUCGCUACAACCCACAGUAAGCAAGGGCGUCGGCACGACCAGUGACCAAAGCAAAAGUGAGGAAGACUAUUAUUACUACUAUUACAGCGACGAGGACUACUACUACGACGACGACUACGGUAACUCAGCUAGCAAGGACAGCGGCGAGCAGCGCACGUCACCUGCACGUCCAGUGGGACCUCCCCGCUCCCUCCACCACCCCCAACAACCACCACCACCACCACUAGACGACCCACAACCAAGGGCCCCAUCACGCUUCCCCCGUCCUUCUUCGGGCCGCCCCAUGGACGCCGCCGCCCCGGACGGCCUAAACCCAAAAGCGGGGACGCGUCCAGACUGCUGCCUCUCACCCCACCACGCCGCCUCCCAGCAUUUCAUCCCCGAGCAGUCCUCGGAGGAGACAGAGCCGGACAGCGACCCCUUCACCCCUAACCCCCGAGCAACACUCUCCACUAGAUGAUUAUGAUGAUGCAGGCUCCCUUCGCCCUCGUCCCUCCCCCACCCAACACUUCAAUCCGGGCAUCAACCUGGGCACACUGUGGGGCAACGGCCGCUACGCCACGCUGCGGGCGCCACCUCAGGAGGUGCUGGACAACCCACAUCUGCUCCUCGCCCUCGCUGGGGGCUCAGACACGCGGCGCGGUGGGCCCGUCUACUUUCCCGCGGAGUUAGGCGGCCUCCACGACCCCGCCGAGGAAAAACUACGGACGACUACACCCAAUUCCGAGCACCGCGGCGUGCGUCCCCGGCCCUGCAGCACCCCAGCGACUCCAAACACCAAGCGGUCACCACACGGCACGACACGCGCCCACCCUCGCCCCCUGCCUCUGUCUGGCCGCCCCACACGCCCACAGCACCCGAAAGGCACCAAGACGGAGACAGCAUUGUUGGUGAUGAUGCCCUUGCGCCCCUCACAGACACAACGCCGAGUAGGGGGCUGGUGCAGGAGACAGAAGACAGUGUGGAGGAGCAAACAAGUACAUGGAGAAAGGAUGAAGAGGAGGACAUGGAGCAGGAUGAAGAGAAGGUGCGAGAUUCAGAAACAUGAAGUAAAAACAUGAAAAUAGAGAGAAUAUCAGUGAAGGGGAAGAGAAAUACGAGUGGUAUGAGGAGGAAGAGGAGGACGACGACAACGACGCUAAAAAAUAUGAAGAAUAUGAAUGGUAUGAGGAGAUGGAAGGUUACAAUAAUGAUGACGUACACGAGGAAAUAAGACAAGAACUGGGUGAGGAAAGGAAGGAGGAAGGGAGAUACAAAGGAAGGAGAGUGGCGAGGAGAAAGGGAGAAGAGAGAGAAGUUGUGGGUGAGAGAAGAUGAACCUCCACUAGAGACAGAAAUGCAAGAGCUAUAUGUUACCAAAAUAGAAGAGGAAAACCAAGAAGAGGAGGAGGAAAAGGAGGAGCCCAUACGUAAUAAAGCUUCACCCGUUACCAAAAUAAACAAGGAAAAUGAGGAAAAGAUGAAGGAGCCCCGACGAAAUGCAGCUUCACCCGUUACCAAAAUACAAAAGGAAGAAGAGGAAAAGAAAAA